AUGUUGAACCGGCAGUGCAGAGCAGCCCUGCAGUCCUCGCAGCGUCUGUACGCCACUUCGCGAUACCAUCUUGCCGCUUCUUGCAACUACUCGACCGCUCCCUGUCGCAUUCCUUUGACACCGCUGUCUCUUCGCCACUCGUCCCUCGCCGCAUCGCGUUCGCUUCAUACCACUCCUGCCCGCAGGAAAGAUGAUUCAUCCAAGAAACUCGACCCAGAAGAGGAGGCACAAGACCAAGAGAAUAAGGACACCAAGGAUCGCAAGGACUCGUUAGAACCUAUCAAGGAAGAGUCGCGUGCAAAGGAACCCACACCCAUCCCCGACGGCCGAGGUGCCUCUUCAGCAGGAGGCGACGGAGCACCAGCGGGCGGUGACAGCGGAAGCGGUGGCAGCGGACGCAAGCGCAAGGGCGGCGAGAAGGGUCUCGUCAAGCCUACCGUGCCUGAUGUCUACCCACAAGUCCUCGCCAUCCCAAUCGCACAACGGCCGCUGUUCCCUGGCUUCUACAAGGCUAUCACCAUCCGCGACCCCAAUGUCAUUGCCGCUGUGCAAGAGCUGCUCAAGCGUGGCCAGAGCUACGUCGGUGCAUUCUUGCUGAAGGAUCCCGAAUCUAACACAGAUGUCAUCAACGAUCCUAGCGAAGUCUACGACGUUGGUACCUUCUGUCAAAUCACCGGAGCCUUCCCCGCCGGUCAUGGUGACGAAAAGGCUCUCCAGGCCGUCCUCUAUCCUCAUCGCAGAAUCAAGCUCACCGAGUUGAUGCCCCCCAAGAAGGGCGAGACCACCACUGAAGAAGCACCUUCAUCCAAGGGUGACGUGACUGCUAGCUUUGAGGAGUCGCAUGUCGAGACUCCUGGCGAGAAGAAGCAGGUCGCUCAGUACGAGCCUACCGAUUUCCUCAAAACAUGGCAAGUCAGCUUGGUCAAGGUCGACAACCUUGCCGACGAGCCCUUCGAUAAGCGUGCUCCAACCAUUCGCGCUCUGAUUUCCGAGAUUGUCAACACUUGCAAGGAGAUUGGCAGUGUCAACCAGCUCUUCCGCGAUCACGUUUCCGCCUUUGCCAUGUCGCAGUCCGCCGCGAACAUCGCCGACGAACCCGCCAAACUCGCUGAUUUCGCCGCUGCCGUUUCUGGUGGCGAGAUGGAGGAAGCACAAGAAGUCCUUACCAGCCUGAACAUCGAGCAGAGACUCAGCAAGGCUCUUGAGAUCAUUAAGAAGGAAUACAUGAACGCUCAGCUUAGCAGCAAGAUUAGCAAGGAUGUUGAGAGCAAGAUCCAGAAGCGUCAGCGCGAGUACUGGCUCAUGGAGCAAAUGAAGGGUAUCAAGCGCGAGCUUGGUCUCGAAAGCGAUGGCAAGGAUAAGCUACUUGAAGGCUUCAAGGAGAAGGCUACCAAGUUGGCUAUGCCUGAGCCUGUGAAGAAGGUCUUUGACGAGGAGAUCAACAAGCUUGCGCAUCUUGAGCCUGCUGCUUCGGAGUUCAACGUCACAAGAAACUAUCUUGACUGGCUGACUCAGAUCCCUUGGGGUAAGCGCAGUGCCGAGACAUUUGGCAUCAAGAACGCCAUGAAGGUACUUGAUGAGGACCACCACGGUCUGAAGGAUGUUAAGGAUCGCAUUCUUGAGUUCAUCGCUGUCGGCAAGCUACGUGGUACUGUCGAGGGUAAAAUUUUGUGUAUGGUCGGCCCCCCUGGUGUCGGAAAGACCAGUAUCGGAAAGUCUAUCGCUCGCGCUUUGAACAGACAGUACUACCGCUUCAGUGUUGGUGGUUUGACUGAUGUCGCCGAAAUCAAGGGUCACCGUAGAACUUACGUCGGUGCCCUGCCUGGUCGCAUCAUUCAAGCUCUCAAGAAGUGCCAGACCGAGAACCCUCUUAUUCUUAUUGAUGAAGUUGACAAGAUUGGUCGUGGCCACCAAGGUGACCCUUCAUCAGCGCUUCUCGAACUCCUCGACCCCGAACAAAACAGCUCUUUCCUCGAUCACUACAUGGACGUCCCUGUCGAUCUUAGCAAGGUCCUCUUCGUCUGCACAGCAAACAUGACUGACACAAUUCCUCGCCCUCUUUUGGAUCGUAUGGAAAUGAUUGAACUUUCUGGAUAUGUCGCAGACGAGAAGAUGGCAAUCGCAGAGCGCUACCUUUCGCCAGCCGCCAAAGAGCUUUCUGGUCUCAAGGACGUGGAUGUCGAGAUCGAGAAGGAAGCCAUUGCCGAACUUAUUAACAAGUACUGCCGUGAAUCUGGUGUACGUAAUUUGAAGAAGCAGAUCGAAAAGGUUUACCGCAAGUCUGCACUUAAGAUUAUCCAAGACCUCGGUGAAGAUGCCUUUGCUGAAGAGAAGGCACUCACACCAGAAGGCAAGGAAGCACAAGAAGCAGCAGCAAAGGACACUUCAGACGUCAAAGACACACCUCAAGACAUGGAAAAAGAGACCGCUGAGACACCACGCGUCGCUCUUUCCGUGCCAUCAAACGUAAACGUUCGCGUCACAAAGGACAACCUGAAGGACUACGUCGGUCCUCCAGUCUUCACUGCCGAUCGCCUCUACGAAACCACUCCUCCCGGUGUCGCCAUGGGUCUCGCCUGGACAUCUAUGGGUGGUGCAGCGCUCUAUGUCGAAACCAUCCUCGAAUCCGCAUUAUCAGCACAAUCCCGCCCCUCUCUUGAACGCACCGGUAAUCUCAAGGCAGUAAUGAAGGAGUCAACUUCCAUUGCCUACUCAUUCGCAAAGGGCUUCUUGGCUCAACGCUUCCCUGAAAACAAGUUCUUCGAGCACGCCAGAGUACACAUGCACUGUCCUGAGGGUGCUGUGCAGAAGGAUGGUCCUAGUGCCGGUAUCACCAUGGCUUGCUCGCUUAUUUCACUUGCUCUUGGAAGACCUCUGGAGCAGACCGUCGCCAUGACUGGUGAACUUACUGUCACUGGCAAGGUUCUUAGAAUCGGUGGUCUCAGAGAAAAGACGGUAGCAGCGAAACGAGCCGGAGCUAAGAUGGUCAUCUUCCCCAAGGACAAUCUGAGUGACUGGAUUGAGUUGCCUGAGAACAUCAAGGAAGGUAUCGAGGGCAGACCAGUAGCAUGGUACAACGAAGUCUUUGACCUCGUUUUCCCCGGUGUCGAUGCUAAAGCUGCAAACAACAUCUGGAAGCAGCAACUGAAAAAGGAUAAGAAGGACAAGAAAGAUAAGGAAGACAAGGAUAAAGAGUACGACUCUGACUAG